AUGGACGCGGAGAGCGGCGGCGGUGCGGCGAGGGCGGCGCGCAGGAAGCCGUGGAGCGCGGAGCUGCUGCUGGCGUACCAGAGCCUCGGGGUGGUGUACGGCGACGUGGCGACGUCGCCGCUGUACGUGUUCAAGAGCGCCUUCGCCGGCGGGGACAUCGAGCAUUCCGCGGGGAACGAGGAGAUCUACGGCGUGCUAUCCCUCGUCUUCUGGACGUUGACCCUGAUCCCGCUCCUCAAGUACGUCUUCUUCGUGCUCCGCGCCGACGACCACGGCGAGGGCGGCACCUUCGCGCUCUACUCCCUCAUAUGCCGCCGCGUCCGCGCGGGGCUCCUCCCCGACGGCGACGAGCUCGCGGCCCGGCGCGAGGGCGCAUCGCCGCCCGCGCCCCUCUCGGCCGUGCGCGCCGCGCUGGAGCGGCACAGGGUCCUGCAGAGGAUGCUGCUGCUGCUCGCUCUGCUCGGGACGUGCAUGGUCAUCGGCGACGGCGUGCUCACCCCUGCCGUCUCUGUGUUCUCGGCGGUUUCCGGGCUGGAGCUGGAGCUGGACAAUGAGCAGCACGAAUAUAUAUUGCUACCGGUGACAUGCGCUAUAUUGGUGGGUUUAUUCACCCUGCAACACUACGGCACACACCGGGUCGGCUUUCUUUUCGCACCCAUCGUUUGCUUGUGGCUUCUCUGCAUCAGCAUCAUAGGGCUCUACAACAUCAUUCACUGGAAUCCACAUGUGUACCGAGCUCUUUCACCAUACUACGCGUACAAAUUUCUCCAGAAGACUCAAACAGGUGGCUGGAUGUCGCUGGGUGGGAUCCUUCUAUGCGUAACGGGUUCUGAAGCUAUGUAUGCAGACCUUGGACAUUUCUCUCAGUCUUCAAUCAAGAUAGCUUUCACAUCUUUAGUGUACCCAGCUCUGAUAUUGGCAUAUAUGGGACAAGCUGCUUACAUUUCAAGGCAUCACAAUUUUGAGAAUAUUAAUCAUAUUGGAUUUUACGUAUCAGUCCCAGAAAAAAUCAGAUGGCCUGUUCUGGUGAUUGCAAUUCUCGCAGCCGUUAUUGGGAGUCAAGCAGUUAUUACUGGCACAUUCUCAAUUAUCAAACAGUGUUGUUCCUUAAGUUGCUUCCCAAAGGUGAAGAUUGUGCAUACAUCCUCUACAGUACAUGGUCAGAUAUACAUACCAGAGAUCAAUUGGAUCUUGAUGAUACUAUGCCUGGCUGUUACUAUAGGCUUCAGAGAUACAAAGCACUUGACAAAUGCACAAGGUCUGGCGAUCAUAACUGUAAUGCUGGUCACUACUUGUUUGAUGUCACUGGUUAUUGUUCUUUGCUGGAACAAGAGCAUAGUGUUUUCUCUCGUGUUCCUUCUAUUCUUUGGUGCAAUUGAGGUUCUUUACUUCUCAGCAUCCCUUGUGAAAUUUCGCGAAGGGGCUUGGGUACCCAUUAUGCUCUCGUUAUUUUUCAUGAUAAUUAUGUGCGUGUGGCAUUAUGGUACCAUAAAGAAGUAUGAGUUUGAUGUCGAAAACAAGGUCUCUAUAAGUUGGCUCUUGAAUCUCGGCCCUUCCUUGGGGAUUGUUCGCGUCCGAGGGAUUGGUCUGAUACAUACAGAGCUUAUGUCUGGGAUUCCAGCCAUUUUCUCUCACUUUGUCACCAAUCUACCUGCAUUUCACCAGGUUCUGGUCUUUCUAUGCAUUAAAUCAGUGCCUAUACCACACAUCCGACCUGAGGAGCGAUUUUGGGUCGGCCGCGUCGGCCCAAAACAGUACCGUCUAUACAGGGUGGUUGUCCGAUACGGAUACCGCGACGUGCCGAAGGACGACAUAGAGUUUGAGAAGGACCUAGUGUGCAGCAUUGCAGAGUUCAUCCGCUGCGGCGACUCCGACGACCAAAACGGCUUACUGGACGGUGCCACAGACCAUACCUCUGAGAGGCUGUCUUCCAUCACUAAAGGCCUACCGUUUCAGGAGGACGAUGACAGUGAGAUCAAUGGAUCGGACACGUCGAUACUGUCCACGGGCAAGGAGACGUACCAGAACGCGGUAGGACCGAAGGCAAAGAGGGUGAGGUUCGCGCUCCCGAAGGACGCGCAGAUCGACAGCGAGGUCCGCAGCGAGCUGCAGGAGCUGACAGAUGCUAGAGAGGCAGGCAUGUCCUUCAUCACGGGGCGCGCGCACAUGAAGGCGAAAAGCGGGUCUGGCCUGGUGAAGAAGAUCGCGAUAAACUGCAUCUACGAGUUCCUGAGAAGGAACAGCCGAGGUUCUGCCACGGCAGCUAACAUACCUCAUGCCUCGACCCUCGAGGUAGGGAUGGUGUGCCAGGUCUGA